AUCCGACAUUCCACUUACAACUGACAGUCCGCAGACUCACAUUGCCCGAUCCCGGAGCUAACAUGACGGUCGGGAUCAACCGAGGAAUGUAUGUGUUUCAAUCGCUCACUUGCAACGCGGUAUGAGAUAUCUCAUGGACAUUCCCAGCGCGUAGGACCCGAGCCGGUCGAGGGAGAGACAAGAAAGACAAGAUGGUCGGGACAGGAAGCAAGGGAGAAAAGAGCUCUGAAUUGGGCUGCUAUUGACUGUUCGAGGUGGUUGGCGAUGCGGGCGCCUGUCUUUCCCAGCCUCCGCAGCCCAGCCACCGCAGGUCCAACGAAGACAGGACCAAUAGAGGACGCCGACAUGGCAGUAGUGCUGCUAUAUCUAGGGUUGACAUGGCCGCCAGCUAUUGGAGAAACGUACUUAGUUUGGACGGGAAAGGCUUGAUCGGAUGAAUGCCGUGGUGUGUCUGUCUGUUUGGUGUUUGGUGUUUGGUGAUUGCGGUGGCACACAGAAAGAGAGAUGAAUCUAUGAGUCGAUGGACAGCCCAAACUCCAGACAGUGCCAAGAUUACGGCCCGAACCAUCCAAGGCCACCCACCCACUC